CUUUGACCCCAGGAACUGGAGAAUUCAACAUAUCCUAACUAAAGGAACCUCCAAAAUGCCUUCUAUCACUUCUCGUUUUUCUCAUCUGCGGAUGAUAAGUGUUAGAUACUGAUUCACCUGAACGAAAGGUUAGACAGGUCUGGGACCAACCGGACUGGUCAUGUGAUGCCCGCAAGAUGGAGUGGCCCUGCCAACAGAAACAAACUCUAUGAUUUUACCAGUCACCCGCGUCGGUAGGCGUUUUUCACCUUCUCACUAAGACGCCUCCGCGACUCGACUUUGGCUGGUCGGGACCUCGCUGGAGACAACAGCGAUGUCCGGAUCCUCACUGUCGAAUUGGGAUGGUAGUUUAACGGAUCAAAAACACUCAGAUGCAGACCAUUCUUCACUUCAGGGGCCAAAUAGUGCCAACGCCCUUGGUUAUUAUGGAUCCAUGUCGCGUUGUCAUCCCCCAUAUAAUGGUAUCGAGGGUACUUUUGUCACUGUCAAUGACGUUGUGCAAACUGUACCUGUUAGCGGGAUCAACGAGUCGCAAUCAUCCAGAAAUAUUUACAGCGCAUCGUAUCCUUCGUAUAGUUAUUUGACGGCUUCACCAAGUUUACCCUCUUCGUGGUACUCACCGUUCUACCCAGCCACCACGCAAGUCGAUCCGUCAAUAUAUGAUUCACAAGUAGCAAUGCAAACGACCAACUUUCCUGCCGAGGAUAAUUGCUUUCUUCAUAAUGACGAAGAAGCUGCGAGCUUCAUUCCGCAGAACAUGUCAUCGCAUGCAGCAGACGAUGUGGUGGCCAUAACGAAAUCCAAUAUGUCUGCCUCAUUCCUCUCUCAAGAUCCCCAGGACUCAUCCAUUCAAAUUCCCGAAGACCGACUAUCGCAGUCACUAUUCACUCCCGAACCUACUUCACCUUUUUUUCUGUCGCCACUCUUCACUCCCGAACCUACUUCACCUUCUUAUCUGUCGCCACUCUUCACACCUUCGCCCCCUCCGAAGCGUCGUCGAAUUCUCAUGUCCCACGUUGCGAUGCCACCCUUAUCUCAUCACCAGGAUGCCAGUAGGACCGUGACAGUUUCAAGGGGCCCUAGGGAAGCCAAAGCCAAAGCAGUAGACCUCAUACGAGAGCAUCAAAUGCUUCGCACCGCUUACCAGGAGGAGGAAGCCCAGAUGGUGAACGGCCCUUACAGCAGUAGCUUUCGUCCGCUCAUGAUAAAACGCAAACGCCCACAAAGUCGAACGUAUAGCUCUCAGGACGAGAUCUCAGCGGUGGUGCAACCAAGUCCAAGUAGACAAGCCGAAGUUAGCUCAUCACCCAGAAACCGGAGUGUACUGUCAAUCGAGGGUAUGUCUUCGCCGCCGCCGCCGAGAAAGAAGAGAAAGAGGGAUGAGGUGCUUAUUGGCGUGGACGAGUAUAAUCCGUGUCCAGAUGUGAGCGGGAGGGCGAGCGUUAUCUGGGAUCUAUUGCCGAAGAAACCAAUGGUCAAGUCAAAGCCUUCCAAGCGAAUGGAGUCCGUCAGGUCGCGAACACACUCAGUUGAGGCACGCAUGAAGUCAGUCAACUGUCGCGCGAAGACCAUCGAGGAGUCUCUCAGCCCCGACCAGGAACCAGUCAUGACUUUCUCAGUUGACUACGAUGAUACUCUGGAGCAUGUGCGCCCCAUCGAUGCCCGCGAGGGGAUCUAUGAAUACUCCAUGCAAAACGAUAAUCCCGAUACCGUUACCGAAGAAGCUUUGUCUAUGAACCUGCAGUUCGUCCGGAGACGGCUGGAUGGCGAUACUGUUGCCAAAGAUAUAGAAUGGCAUGAUCCUGAGGCAGAAUCGGGACUUGGAGUCGACGUCGGGACUUCCCCACCCCCGCCUAUGUCUGCAAAGGCCAGAGGCAAACAAAGAGCCGUUCCCACCGUCCCUGCAGAGGACAUCUUGCUUUCUCCGGCAUACGAUAUCGAUACGAACCUCGACAACAAUUAUGUAUACCUCGAAGACGAUCAUUCCGUCUCCCAUGAUCCCCACACAGGUCUAUCGGAGCCACAAGUUGGUCCUGCGAUGUAUUUUCCCCUUGUACAACAUUUUCCUAUUCACAAUUCAGCUACUUCUUUCCCUUCCUCGACGUCGUUUCAAGCAAAGGAGCAGCUACUUAGUCCCCUCCACGAUUCUUCUUUCCAAGGCAAUUCGCGUUUGCAGGAUUCCACUCUUGGUUUGCGGUGCCAUCGGUUAGAGGACUCAGAACUGUUGCACAAUGGUACUAUCGACCCGUCUCUUUUGAGUGGUUUUGAGUUUAUGGACUAUUCGUCGCUGUCAUCGUCGCCGUGGGGAUCUCCUCCCAAGAACAAGUCGCUGUCGCCGUCAUGUCUACCAAACCCACCUUCCACUCCCGUUCAAAUUGAAGCAGAAAUGCAUCCUUUACCAUCUCCGCAAUGUCCCACCGUCACAGCGGACCAGCCAAAAUUCCACGGUAUGCUGGGUGAAUCGGAGAUGUCGGACUUGACUUCCCUUGAAGACAGCAGUUGUCCGUACAUUGAUCCGAUCCCUCUCGAACCUCCUCCAUCGCCAAAGCUGAAAAAAACGUUUCCAGUGAAAGUGGGCCCUCCCGUCCGGGGGAAGAGAUCCGAGUGGCCUAUGAUGGACAAGGAAUCCUUUUGCCAUCAGUGCAGAAACCGCUCGUUUCGAGCAUCCGUGUAUUGCGGGUGCGGGAAGGCAUACUGUGUCAGGUGCAUUAAGAUAAGGUGGGGGUCGAUCGUUCUCAGCAGAUGGGUGGCCCAUUGACUUCUUUUCAGGUACGACAAUUUGGAAUUUGAUGCCGAUGCGAAAGAUUUCGUUUGUCCGAAGUGUAACAAUACGUGCACAUGUGAUAUCUGCACCAGGGCUAGAGGCGAGGUGUAUCAUUCAACG